GAGAAGGUAAACCAAACACCACAAGAAAGAAAAACUUGAAGAAAAUAGUUCAAUCCUUAUCAGCAUUUCUGAACCAAAAUUUUCUGCAGAAUGAAUCCAUUGAAUCUAGCCACCACAAGCUCACCACCUCCUGUUGCUAACGAUGUCUUGGCGAAGCGAAAGAGAGGUCGUCCGCGCAAAGAUGAAACCACAACACAGCCUCAACAAGGAAACGUUAACCUGGUUGGUAAGAGGGUUUCAGGUGUGGUCACAGGAUCUUUCGACGCGGGGUACAUACUCAGUGUCGAGGUGAAAGACAGUGACGCGAAACUGAGAGGUAUCGUGUUCGCCCCGGGGAAAGUCACUCGGGUAACUCAUGAAAACGACGUGGCUCCUCGUGUUAAAAUGUUCGCAAAAGAAGAAAUCAAGAACCAAACUGAUGUGAUCCCUCCUAAUGAUCAACCAACGAAAGAUGUGGAGAUCUCUGAGUCUGCUCGACCGUUGUCUCUAGUGCCGUAUCAGAGCGAUGACGAAGAACCCAAGGAAGCUGUGGUGGAGGAGGAGGAAGAUGGAGAAGCUGCGACUCCUCUGCUGGAGUUUUUCCCAACUCCGGAGACAACGAUGGUGACACCUCAACAGACUCUCGUCUUGGCGCAGAAAGAGUCUACAGAGCAACAGAAACCUCCUGGUGAGGCUUGUGGGUUUGGUGUUAAGGAGCCUGUUGGUCCGGUAGAGAAAGUGCCGCAGGAGCUUAGGCUAGAGCUUGGUAACAAGAUGAUAAUGAGUGGAGACAGCAACGACAACAAAAGUGGGACAGAUCCUAUAAGCUCUGUGUCCAAGAGUGGCUUGACCAUAGCGAACCUUUUUGAAGGAGAAGGCAAGAAGGUUGACAAUGCCAUGAAAGAAGAAGCAGAUCCAUCAGUUCAGUAGUUAACAAAAUGAACACCGUUCGGUUAUUUUAUACUUUUCAGACUCUCCAUUGCAUUUUUAUGUCUUCUCUUGUUUCCAGUUGUUUGCUUAAAACACUUUGUGUUCAGUGUUUGUUGUAAAACUAUUUCUUCUUCUGGUUAUUCAAGAUUUUGUUUCUUUUA